AUGGGCAAAUUGCAUGGUAGAAUUGAAGGGAUGAAUCCAAGUGAGAAGGCUUUGUUAAUUGGCUCUCAUUUGGACACUGUUAUUGAUGCUGGAAUGUAUGAUGGUGCACUGGGAAUCAUUACUGCGAUAUCCGCAUUGAAGGUGUUGAAUACCACUGGAAGACUAGGAAGACUCAGGCGGCCAGUUGAGGUUAUUGCAUUUAGUGAUGAGGAAGGAGUUAGAUUUCAGUCUACUUUCUUAGGAAGCGCAGCAAUUUCUGGUGAGUUGCCUGUUUCAUCAUUGCAUUUGCAGGAUAAGAGCUCAAAUAUGAUCCUAAAUCUCUGGAAUUUUAUUAAGGUUCACAUUGAACAGGGACCUGUACUAGAAACUGCAGGUUUUCCUCUUGGUGUGGUAAAAGGGAUUGCAGGGCAGACGCGGCUAAGGGUGACCGUAAAAGGUUCACAGGGGCAUGCAGGAACAGUCCCCAUGAAAUUGCGUCAAGAUCCAAGGGCUGCUGCUGCAGAAUUAAUUGUGUUGUUGGAAAGUCUCUGUAAACAACCUGAGGAUUAUCUAUCUUAUGAUGGUCAGUGCAUGGCUUCUACGGCUCAAUCUCUUGGAGGAUCUCUUGUUUGUACUGUUGGAGAAAUAUCAACCUGGCCAAGUGCAAGUAACGUGAUUCCAGGCCAGGCACGUGACCUUUACUAUUACAUACGGGCAAUGGAUGACCUAGGACGAGAAGCUAUUAUUUAUGAAUUGUCUAACAGGACGUACCAAAUAUGUGAUUGGCGUUCAGUUUUUUGUCAUGUCGACCGUAAGCACGACGCCAAUGCAUUGAUCUGCGAUCAGGGAUUGAGUUUAGAGCUAAACUCUACCGCUUAUGCUGCUUUGAAACGAUUAACAGGCGAGAAUCCAGACGAUGUGCUUGUAUUGAUGAGUGGAGCUGGACAUGAUGCAAUGGCCAUGUCUCAUCUAACUAAGGUUGCCAUGUUAUUUGUGCAUUGUCGGGGUGGUAUUAGUCAUUCCCCGACCGAGCAUGUGUCAGACGACGAAAUUUGGGCAGCCGGUGUAGCAAUCCUAGCAUUCGUUGAAACUCAUAUAAAUUAG